UGGUGCUGCUUGUCUAGUUCUUCAGUUUAUUAUUUUAGUAAAGUGUGUCGGUUGCAUUAUGAAAUUUUGAUUAUUUUGGCAAUUUUUGGUUUUUUGCUCUUUUUAUCAUUCAUACGUCGCUAAAAUGUUUCCGCAAAGUUCACAAAAGAAAUACUGGAUAUUUAGUGAUGAAAAUGAUUUGACCACAUUAAGAGAGAAAACCAAUGCUGAUUUUAUUGCAAAACACGGAGUCAACAUGACCCCAGAACAAAAGGAGGAACAUUUCCUCUCGCAUUCAGAGGAACGUACAUUACUUCGUUUUUAUGAAUUACAAUUAAGAGAUUUCUGUCGUCGAUUCAAUCCACAAAUGCCUCGUCCUACUGUAGCCACUGCCUUACACUAUUUUAAAAGGUUUUAUCUUAGAAAUAGCGUGAUGGAUUAUCAUCCAAAAGAGAUUUUGGUCACUUGCGUUUAUCUAGCAUGCAAAGUUGAAGAAUUUAAUGUCUCUAUAUCUCAAUUUGUAGCAAAUAUUAAGGGAGAUAGAGAAAAAGCAUCUGAUAUAAUUCUUAAUAAUGAAUUACUUCUUAUGCAACAGUUAAAUUAUAAUCUUACAGUUCAUAAUCCAUUUAGACCUGUAGAAGGUUUAAUGAUCGAUAUAAAGACAAGAUAUACAUCCUUAGAAAAUCCCGAGAAACUAAGACAACAUAUAGAUGAGUUUUUAGAACGAGUUUUUCUGACAGACAGUGUACUCCUUUAUGCUCCAAGCCAAGUAGCAUUGGCUGCAACUUUACAUGCUGCAUCCAGAGCUUCUGCAAACUUAGACAACUAUGUUACUGACAUACUGUUCUCGAGAGAGCAAUUGGGUGGGAUUAUAGAAGCAGUGCGAAAAAUACGUUCAAUGGCUAAAUGUGUGGAACCACCUUCACGAGAAAUAGUAAAAGCUUUAGAGAAGAAACUUGAUAAAUGUAGAAAUCAAGAAAAUAAUCCUGAUAGUGAAAUAUACAAACAGAGAAUGCAGGAAAUGCUGGAUGAAGAAGAUUUACAAGAUAAUGAAAAAUACGCAAAAAUUAUUCAAGAUCAAGCGGCUCACGAUGACAAAAUUUUGGGAGUUAAUAAAAUUAUAUCUCCUGCUCUGUGAUAAUAAAUGUAAACUUUAAUAUUUAAGAUAAUAAAAAUUCUUACAUUAUCCUCUUGUACAUUCCUAAAAAUCCUUAUUUCUCAUGUAAUCCUGUACAUGUUCUUAAACAAUUUUUUAUAACUUUAUUUUACUCUUACAAUGCAUAUUGAAUUCUACAAUGAUAUUAUUUGCUUGCAUCAUUAAUUUAAACAUGUAAAUAAUUUUAUUUUAU